AUGGAGCGCUUGGACUCACUGGGAUUACUGAUUAUCACACUCAACUAUAAUGUGACUGUUGUAGGAAAGAUCUGGCUAACAUUAAUAAUUCUGCUGAGACUGGCAGUGGUCGUGCUGGCAGGCUAUCCGCUCUACCAAGAUGAGCAGGAACGCUUCAUCUGCAACACCCUGCAACCUGGGUGCUCCAACGUUUGCUAUGACUUGUUCUCACCCAUAUCUCAGUUCAGGUUCUGGCUCUUUCAGACUGUGUCUAUCCUGCUGCCUUAUGCUGCUUUCAGCAUUUACGUUUUGCACAAGGUGGCCAUGCACAUUGUAAGGAUGCAUGGUUUGGCACAGGGACACAAAGGCAAUAAGUGUUUGCCUAGCCCCAAAGAACAGAAAAAACACAGUGCAAGUCCUGUUGCCUAUAGACUAGACUAUGACGCAGGCAGCCUGAGUGUCCUUGAUUUUUCAGAGGCAUACACUGUUCAGCUUUCUGUUAGGACACUAAUUGAAGCUGCCUUUGGAGCUGGGCAAUAUUAUUUGUUUGGAUUUUUUGUUCCUGAGCGCUUUUCCUGCUACCAUUCACCUUGUACAAGCACGGUGGAUUGUUAUAUCUCCCGGCCCACAGAGAAAUCCAUAAUGAUGAUUUUCAUGUGGGCAGUGAGCAGCCUGUCCUUCCUGCUCAGCCUUGCUGAUCUUGUCUGUGCUCUUCGGAUGAUGACAGCGAGGAACCGACAGAAGAAGCCGCUGGCAAACCUCCACGUGGAGGAUGCCCACGUUUCAGCUCUGCCUCCAGGACACUGCACUAGCUCUUCCCUAGCUCAACAUCAAGACCAGCCAGCACCAAAAGGCAGCCAGGGCAGUGACGGCUCCUGCUCCCUUCUCUCUGAAGAGGAAGGAGAGCCUGUUCUUCAUCCUGAAGUGGUCUCUCAGCAAACUGCCCACACUAAUGUUAACAGUAACAGCAAUAUGCCCUGUGUACUGAGAGAUCCUGCUGCUAAUCAAGGCGGCAUUGAAGGGCCCUUGUGUGCCGCUGAUCAGCAAGGCACUACGUGCAGGCAAGGGAGACCCGGGCUUCAGCAAGGUUUCAUUCAAGAUACCACCCUGACUUUGAGACCUCAGAACAAGUCUCACCUCGGAGUUUCCUCCUCUGUAGUUCAGAGCAAGCUUUUAGGUCAUUAUGAUUCAGCUGAGCUAAAAAAUUCUGAUGCACAAUCAAAUUAUAGCAGUACUAGUUGCCUGAGGUCAAAAAAAUCAGAAUGGGUUUAG